UUCGAAACUUGACUACUGCUUCCGGUACAAUUUACGAUACUGUAACACAGUUUCCGGCACAGCUCAACUAUACUUUCGUAGAUUGGAGAAACUCUCUUGCCGUUAUCAAAAUGAGCCAUACUUUCAAGCCAUCUCCUGUUCAUGGAGCAGGUGCUACACUCUUCAUGAAUGAACACUGCAGUGAUAUAACUAUAAUUAUAACUGAAGAUUGCACUGUGUGGCGUUUUCCAGCACACAGUACAGUUCUUUCAGCUCAGAGCAUUGUCUUCCAUCGUAUGUUGGACAGUGACUUUAUUGAAAAAAAGAGUCAAGAAAUAGUACUCCAAGAUAUGACACCUGCAACUUUAAAAAAAUUAUUAAGAUAUAUGUAUCUGGGUGAUGCAAUUUUAGAAGACUGGAAAGAAGCAAUAGAUCUGUUGAAAGCUGCACACAAAUAUCAGAUGGAAUCUCUAGUGCAGAAAUGUGCUCAUUAUCUUCAAGACCAUAUUGAUCUCACAAAUGUCUGUUAUAUUUACAGUAAAGCUGUGACUUACACACUUAGCCCUUUAGGUAUCGUAAGUUAUGUUAUUUGUCGUAUAUAUGAAUAUUGUUAUGGAUAUUGUACUAGAUAUUUCAUCAGCCAUAAAUUUUCUUUUACAUAA